UCGGGAGGAGAAUUCUGCCUUUAGUUCUGCUGUUUUUAGUCUGAAAUUUUUGUAAUUGUGAAAGUGAUUCUGAUGGCUGAAGAUAUUAACGAUCAAAACAGUGAUUGUCUGGAAGUUCCAGAGAUAGAACUAAUCAUUAAGGCUUCUACCAUAGAUGGCCGACGUAAAGGAGCUUGCCUUUUCUGUCAAGAAUAUUUUAUGGAUUUAUAUCUUCUGGCAGAACUCAAAACGAUAUCUUUAAAGGUCACAACAGUGGAUAUGUUGAAACCCCCUCCUGACUUUCGUUCAAAUUUUGAUUCAACUCCACCUCCAAUUUUGAUAGACAGAGGUCAGAAUGUUUUAGAAAAUGAAAAGAUUGAGCGCUAUAUCAUGAAAAAUGUUCCUGGUGGGCAUAAUCUUUUUGUUCAAGACAAAGACACUGCAACAGUCAUUGAAAAUCUGUAUAGUAAAUUUAAACUAAUGCUUACCAGAAGAGAUGAACAAUCAAAACGAGCAUUAUUAAAUCAAUUGAAAAAUAUCGAUGCUCAUUUAGAAAAAAAAGAAGGAAGAUUUUUGACGGGAGAUACAAUGUGUUGUUUUGACUGUGAAUUAAUGCCUCGUUUGCAACACAUCAGAAUUGCAGGCAAAUAUUUUGCUGAUUUUGAAAUACCUGAGGAUUUGAGGAAUCUGUGGUAUUACAUGGCUCGCAUGUACCAACUUGAUGCUUUUACCCAAUCUUGUCCUGCUGAUCAAGACAUAAUCAAUCAUUACAAACUACAGCAAGGUACAAAAAUGAAGAAACAUGAAGAGCUUGAGACACCAACCUAUACUACUGCAAUUCCAGAAGGCAUCCUUGAAUAAGUUAAUGUGCACUACAUUUUUUUAAAGAAUGGAAGUAGUUUGCACACUAAAUUUGUGAUUUCCAACUCAAAAUAUUUGUACUUCCAUUUUUUUUUUACUUAGAAAAUGUGUAACUGUCUUUUGUAUCUAAAACUUUGUAAACUUGAUUUUUCAGAAUCAUCCCAUAUAUUGGUUCCUCUGAUAUUUUUUGUAACACAGUUGCCUUAGUAUUGAAUGAUAUUUGUGUUUUGAGAAGUAUAUAUCGAAAAUAUUGAUUGAAAUUUGUAUAACAGUUAAAGAACUGUUUGAUAUAUUUGAAAUAUAUAAUUUUUGCAAAGUUUUAGACUGGUCUUUUGAUUAAAAAUCAUGUGAUAUUUUAAUGCAUGUACAUAUGAUUAAUUUCAUAUUUGCAGUUACCCUUUGAACAUAUUUUAUAAUUAGAUUCUUUAAGUUAUAAAGCUGUAUUUAGUAGGACAUUUCAUUUCGAAAUGAAAAGAAGCUACUGUAGUAAGUGAAGGAUGUUUGUAAAAAGACAAUUUUAUACUAAAUAUAUCUCUAGAGUAUUUUUCGUGAAUAGUUUUUAUGCUUAAAUGUGGAUUUCAUAUCAUGUGAUAGUGUAAACAGAAACUUUUGCAGAGCUAUUUAUCUGUUUUAAGACACUCUGUGUUAAAAUACUUUGAACCUUUUUUCUAUUUACUCUUGAUAACCUUACUGUAGAAACUUUUAUACACUUAAAUAUUCAUUUUAUUUUUCUUUAGUUUCAUUCUUAAACAAAGUAAAACUUGCAGGGAGUAAAAAGCUUCAAAAUAUUGCAAAUAGGGAGGAUUGCCAAGAUUUGCUUUAGGAAAAAAGAUAUAUUGAAAUGUUAAAAGUAGUAUAAAAAAUAAAAAUAUUUCUUGAUCUUGUCUGAAUUGAUUUUACUAAAGAUGAUAUAUGUAGUAGAAAUAAAGCACUAGCAAUCUGUUGGUUUGCUUUUCUCCAUCAUAUAGUGACUUAAUUAAGUUAAAUUAGUAGUAAUUCAUUUAUUUACUUUAUUUAUUUUUUUCUGCUAAUGCUUGCAAUUUUAUGUUAUAAAUCAUGGCAUGUAACAAUGUCAAAAUGGGACUAUUCGGCGCGAAGAUUAUCCAUAUUAUAUAUUGCUUUUAAAUUUUAUAAUGAGUAAGACAAUGUAUUGAAAAAUUAUUUUAUCCUUAAAUUUUAAAAUAUUUUGUCUCAAUAUAUUAAAAUAUUAAAAUA